GCAGGGGGUCUAAUUGCAAUUUGUUCAAACAUUUUGCCUCCAUAUGCAAUAUCUAGAGAUGCAAGGGGUUCAUAUAUAAAUAACCACACUACUAUUUCCAAACCUUCUUUCUAGUUGUGAUCCAAAAAUCCUAAUCGGAGCAAAACUCUACAUCAGUCAUUCAUGUCGUCACCGGCGAACGAUCCACGGCAACCGUCGACGGCGAAGCCGUACAAGCCUUCGCCGGUAGCUCCACAAGAUCUUCCUAUUGAUUACUCCGGCUUCAUCGCCGUCAUCUUCGGCGUCUUUGGCGCCAUGUUCAGAUACAAGAUUUGCUCGUGGCUUGCGAUUAUAUUCAGUGCUCAAUCCCUUGCUAACAUGAGGAAUAUGGAAACUGAUCUUAAGCAGAUCUCGAUGGCCAUGAUGUUUGGUAUUAUGGGUCUCAUGACAAACUACUUGGGUGUUGGUCCCCGUGGAAGCAAGAAAACUUGAUGGAAUGGUUUUAGGCACAAGCUCAGGAUAUUGAUGUCAAACGUGUGCAUGUCGUCCCGAAAUUUUUGCGCUGCUUUGAUGAUUCUGAGCUAAACAAAGUUGUAGAAUAUGUUUAUUUUGUAGUUUUGAGCUCUCUCUUCAUGUUACUUAACCAUGAUUAAUUAAUAUGUAUUUUACUUGAUUUAAUUGCUUAACUGUGGUAUGGAACAUUGGUUUGGUGUAUA